AUGUGGCUGGCGAAUCAGACUCGCCCGGAUAUUCUCAACGCGUGCCUGUUCCGGCAGUGGCAAAGCCGCCAGUCGUAUCGAGCCCUCAACGUGGAGGCUAGCUGGCGGCGGACGUUUGCGACGAGGAUCAUCCUGCGGUCUUGGAGAUCGUACAAAAUGAACCUCGCCUUGGACGAGCUGAAGGAGCAGUGGAGGGUGGAGAAGGCCGCUCUGGAGUUGGCGGGCGCACAGCGGGACAUACAAGAAAUCAAGGGCGAUUUGGACCUCUGCACGGACGACAUCGCGGCGGUCAAAAAGUCGAUCAGGAACGCUAAACGCCGGAUCAAGGAUCUUACAGAAUUCAGAAAGGAGGCCAGGUUGCGGCUUCCACUGGUGGAACGGCACAUCGAAAACCUCACUGUCCAAGAUAUGGCAGCUGGGUGGGGGGAGAACUACGAGAGGGAGUGGGACAUGCUGACCAACUGCAUGGGCAUGGCCUUCGAGGAAGAGAAGAUCAUGCGAGUCAAGAUCGCGAAGUUGGAACAAGAUCUGCAAGUUCUCAAGCUGGAGAUUGACGACCAAGAGGCGGACAUGGAUGCGUCGUCUUGCAGAGAAGCCAGCCGCAUGGAAGCGUUGCGCCGGAUGGAGAUCACGAGAGGUCUCAACCAGGCAGCCAGGGACAGGAGCAGGGCCGUGCGCCGGGAGAAGAUGCGUUGGGCCGUGAGAGACGUCCGUCGCAACGUUAUCAAGCGAUCGCGAAAAGACCUUCAGCGGUUCAGGGAGCUGGCACGCGCCGAGCGCCCCCUCGAAGUCAAGCAAACCUUGAGCUACGAGAAGCGGCGAGAUCAGGAGAGAGACGAGGAAGCGGAGGUCCGCAGGAUGGAACGCGAUGCUCGAAAAGAACGGUUUGUGGAGCUGAAGAAGAAUGGGGAAGGCAGCCUCGCCGUCAGAGAGGUCUACGACGCUGUGAUAUCUGGGGUCCGAGAUAUUCUCGCCACCGCUACCUUCGAAGCCCGCCGUGCGAAACACGACUACCGGGGACGAGGCCCCGACGAGGUUGGCCCAGCGGCAUCGGCGGCCGCCACAGCCGCCGCAUCAGUGGCCCGAAAGGCUGCGAUCGCCGCGGCAAGGCGUGGUGGGGGCAGCGGCGACAGUCCGGAGGACGCAGCCGACGCAGAGAACGCAGCGUCGAUAGCGGCAGCGGCGGCAGCGGCGGCGGCAUCGACCACCGGGAUGGCCGAGCUGGGCGGGGGAAGGGUGUGUCGUGCUUGCGGGGGGCCCAGGUUUGGACGCACCGUCUGUGCCAAGUGCGGGGCGAACGCGAAUAGCUGGCGGGGGGAGGUCGACUCCGAAGAAGAAGAAGAAGAAGAAGAAGAUGAAGAUGUCGUGUGA